AUGGAUCCUAUGGAAAGCAUGUCCGUGGGCGGAGGUCGCAUCCCCGCGGGCUUCAAUGCCGAAGAUGCUGGCAACAUUGAAGAUAUGGAGAAACAGUUCGCCGUCAAGGCCGUACAGCACCUGCAAACAUACUGGGCCAUCCUGGAGCGCGUGCGCGGGUCAACGCUGCGCCUGACCAAGAUGGACGACGACAUUUACGAGCACCUCAAGGCCGACUUCCCCGAAUUCGACCCCGCAGCUGUCAUCAACGAGGAUGAGAUGAAGAGCAAGACGGGUAAAGAGCGCUGGCGGAAGUUCCUUAUGACGUACGAGAAAAAGGUCGAUGAUUACAACUUUGGUACCAUGCUGCGCAACAGCCCUAAGGUCGAGUACGAGCAGGAAACGACUCUUUUUGUCCCUCGUAUGCAAUUCUACGCCGUCGAAAUUGCCCGCAACAAAGCCGGUCUUAACGACUGGAUCUACGAAAAGGCUCAAGCUGAGAAGUCCAAGGGCAAGUAA